AUGCGUCUGGCCGGGUGCAAAGGCUUGGACUUUGGCGCUGGUGGGAUUUCAAUCGAGGCGCUGGAGUCGGGUAGUGGUAGUGGGGAUGGGGCUGCUGCUGAUGGGGGAAAUCUACGGGGUGCUGCUGCGAUGGCACACGGCAUCGACACCCUGGUCUGCUCCGUCAGGUUCAAUUAGCACGCGAUGCCUACAGACGCAUCUCCGGUCUCCCAUCACAUCCGCCCAACCCCAACCAGCUGUCAAUCCGCCCUGCAGAGAGACCCGAAUCCUCACCCGUUCCCCCUCCCAAGGACAAAAUCAAACCAUACACCCCCGACGCACCCGCGCCGACAGUCGUUCCUACAUGACAGCACGCACCGCUGGAUCCAACAACAGUCGACCUCUAGCCGCGGGACCAGGGGCGACCAGACCUCGUCAGCGCAGCACCGGUCGGGCCCAGGCCCAGACGGCAUGGGCCCGUUCGUGCUCUGGACCUGCACUGGGACUUUUUUCUACAAUCCCUGGAAGAUCCCGCUCAGGGUCCUCGACGCCU